GUCAGAAGACAGAUGAAAUGAGUCGCACAAGACAAUCGUAUGACAACUAACACCACUCCAGAUACAGACCCAACCCCUGAUGAUAACCAAGGCCUCUUACAUGGCAACGCAGUAAUCGAAGCCGGCGGCAGCGACGAAGACGGUGAAUUCUCCGCUAGCGACUUUGAUCCCGAAGAUUCUUCAAGUCUUCGCUCCUCCUCAACAUCCAUAAGCUCCAGUAUUCUCGAACACAGCUAUCAAAACGGUCGUCGAUAUCACCGUUAUCGCCAUGGCCGAUAUCCCUUACCGAACGAUGAGGCGGAGCAGAAUCGUGAAGAUAUGCUUCAUGCGAUGAUGUUGGAAGCCACAGAUGGACGGUUAUUUUAUGCGCCGGUUCGUGAGAAUCCGCAGAGGAUAGCGGAUUUGGGGACUGGUACGGGGAUUUGGGCUAUUGAGAUUGGUGAGAAAUAUCCGAGUGCUGAAGUAUUGGGAUUGGAUCUAAGUCCAAUACAACCGACAUGGGUACCUCCAAACGUCAAAUUUUAUGUGGACGAUAUCGAAGACGAAUGGCUCAACGGCGAUGACUUUGACUUCGUUCAUCUUCGCAACAUGAUCCCAAUCCUCAAAUCGCCUGUAACCCUCCUCAAGCAAGUAUAUGCAAACAUGAAGCCCGGUGCUUGGGUAGAACUCCAAGACGUAGAUGGCCAAGUCCACACAGACGACAACAGCAUCCCUGACGAUUGGCCCUUGAAACGCUUCACAGAAAUCAUCCUCCAAGCAUUCGCUCUCUACGAAACAAACGCACACGCCGCUGUAUUCGGAGGCCAAUAUCUUGCUGAAGCAGGGUUUGUUAAUAUUAAACACAAUUUUAUCAAAUUGCCUUAUGGGACAUGGCCAAAAGACAAGGUCAUGAGAUUGGUGGGCAUGUAUUAUCGAACUGCAUGUGAGGAAUUCUUCCCGGCGAUUGGGAAUUUGCAUUUUCCGCAGUUGGGAUGGGGUAAAGAUGAGAUGGAGGUGUUUUUUGCAGAGUGUAGACAGUCCAUGAGGGAUCCGAAAGUUCAUGCUUAUGGGAAGAUGCAUUUUUGGAGUGGCCAGAAGCCAUUGGAUGCAUAGAGUGCGUUGAUGAUGGGAUCUACAGAACCGCGAUGAGAAAUGUUGAAAGAUUUAUGUAUCGAGGAUCAUGUUUGAGCGUCGGUGCCAGAAAAGAAGAACUGAA